GGGGUCGAGAAGACGCUCGAAAGCGUAGAGAACCGAAGGGGUGGAGCGACUUCCUGCUUCGCGUCUCAAGCCAUCUUGGCCCGCCCCGGCCGCCGUCAAAGGGGUUGGGCUUGGUGUUCUCCCGCCAAUUCAAAUCGUGGCUUGGAAUGUAAUGAGAUUAGUGGCGGUUUGGGGAGUCAGGAAGAGGGGCGCGACCCCCGUUCCUCUUUAGUUUCUUCAGCUGCAGGGAAGGCAGUGGUUCCUGACUUAGGAACACAAUCUGAGGAACAUGUGGAACGAUAUUGAGCUGCUAACAAGUGAUGAUACAGGAAGUGGGUACCUCAGUGUUGGUUCAAGAAAAGAACAUGGAACUGCUUUAUAUCAAGUAGAUUUACUAGCGAAGAUCUCCUCGGAAAAGGCCUCUUUCAAUCCAAAAAUACAAGCGAGCAGCUUAAAUGAUGGGUUUAUUGUUGUAGCCGACCAGUCGGUGAUAUUGCUGGACAGCACUUGUAGGUCACUUCAGUUGCAUCUUAUAUUUGAUACUGAAGUGGAUGUAGUUGGCCUUUGUCAAGAAGGAAAGUUUCUUUUGGUUGGGGAAAGAAGUGGCAACUUACAUCUCAUUCAUGUAACCUCAAAGCAAACCUUACUCACUACCGCAUUUGUUCAGAAGACUGAUGAUGAGAAGCAACGCACUUACCAGAGUCUUGUUAUUGAGAAAGAUGAUUCAAGUGAAGGUUCCUAUUCCAUGCUGCUUCUGACAAGCAGUGGAUUUUUUUAUAUUACAAACCUCCAGCUUGUAGGAAUUCAACAAGCAAUCGAGAAUGCUGACUUCAAUGCCGCAAAGAAGUUACAAGGAGAAAUCAAGUCCAGUUUUAUUUCCACUGAAAAGUAUCAUCCUCUUGGUUGUCUCAAUCUUGUGGCUGGCGAUUUAACUAGUGAAAUUCCUGUGAUAAUUGGGGGAACUGGCAAUUGUGCAUUCUCAAAAUGGGAACCGGUUUCUUCCAGAAAAGGAAUGACAGUUAAGAAUGUUAUUGAUGCAGAGAUUAUUAAAGGUGCAAAGAAGUUCCAGCUGAUAGACAAUCUACUUUUUGUUCUUGAUACCGAUAAUGUGCUGAGCUUAUGGGAUGUUUACACUCUGUCUCCCAUAUGGAACUGGCCCUCUCUUUCCGUGGAAGAGUUUCUUCUCACCACGGAAGCAGAUUCACCUUCAUCAGUUACCUGGCAAGGAAUUACAAAUCUCAAAUUAGUAGCUCUGACAACUACUACUAAUAAGAAGGUGAAAAACUUCAUGGUUUAUUCAUUACCUACAAUGGAAAUCCUCUAUUCUUUGGAAGUAUCUGGUGUUUCUUCUCUGGUCCAAACAGGAAUUAGCACAGAUACCAUAUAUCUUCUGGAAGGAAUUUACAAAAGUGAUCCACAACCAUCUGAAGACUCAGUGUCUGUUUUAGUCCUCAGAUGUCUUACAGAAGCUUUACCAGAAAAUAGGUUGAGUCGGUUACUGCACAAACACAGAUUUGCGGAAGCUGAGAGCUUUGCCAUUCAGUUUGGACUAGAUGUGGAGCUUGUUUACAAGGUAAAAGCAAAUGAUAUCCUGGAGAAAUUAGCUUUGACUUCUGUGGACACCAGCGAGCAGUGCAGGUGGCAGGACCUUGUAGAUGAAGCUAAGGAAAACCUAUGUAAGAUUCAGGAUGAUGAGUUCGUGGUGAACUACUGUCUGGAGGCUCAGUGGGUAACCUAUGAAACGACCCAGGAAAUGCUCAGUUAUGCCAAAGCCAGGCUUUUGAAGAAAGAAGAUAAAACUGUUCCUGUCUAUUCUGAUGGCUUAAAAGAGGUACUAAAAGCUCAAGCAAAGUUGACCACUUUUUAUGGAGCAUUUGGACCAGAAAAAUUCAGUGGUAGUUCUUGGAUUGAAUUUCUGAAUAAUGAAGAUGAUCUGAGGGAUAUCUUCCUGCAGCUGAGAGAAGGGAACCUGGUUUGUGCACAGUACCUUUGGCUUAGAAAUCGGGCAAACUUUGAAAGCCGAUUUGAUGUGAAAAUGCUUGAGCACUUGCUCAACUCAAUUUCUACACCAGUCUCUUUGCAAAAGCUUUGUCCCUGGCUUAAAAAUGAUGUGAUCCCAUUUGUGAGAAGGACUAUACCUGAAGGACAGAAAAUUCUUGCAAAAUGGUUGGAGCAGGCAGCCAGGAACCUUGAAUUAACUGAUAAGGCAAACUGGCCAGAAAAUGGGCUUCAGUUGACAGAGAUAUUUUUUACAGCAGAAAAACCAAAUGAGUUGGGAUUGGCAUCCUCUUGGCACUGGAUUUCCUUGAAGGAUUAUCAAAACACAGAGGAAGUUUGUCAGUUACGGACUUUGGUGAAUAACAUGCGGGAGUUGAUCACCUUGCACAGGAAAUACAACUGCAAACUGGCUCUCUCUGAUUUUGAGAAGGAGAACACGACCACCAUUGUGUUCCGAAUGUUUGAUAAAGUGCUGGCCCCAGAGCUCAUCCCUUCUGUCCUGGAGAAGUUUAUAAGAGUUUACAUGAGGGAACAUGACUUGCAAGAGGAAGAACUUCUCUUACUGUACAUAGAGGAUUUGCUGAAGAGAUGUAGCUCCAAGUCCACGUCGCUCUUUGAGACAGCGUGGGAAGCGAAGGCCAUGGCGGUCAUUGGGUGUUUGUCAGACACAGAUCUCAUAUUCGAUGCUGUGCUGAAGAUCAUGUACGCAGCUGUGGUGCCCUGGAGUGCGGCUGUGGAGCAGCUGGUGAAGCAGCACUUAGAAAUGGACCAUCCCAAAGUCAAAUUAUUGCAGGAAAGUUACAAACUAAUGGAGAUGAAAAAACUUUUACGCGGCUAUGGAAUAAGGGAGGUGAAUCUCUUAAACAAGGAUAUAAUGAGGGUGGUCCGCUACAUUCUCAAACAAGACAUCCCAUCUUCGUUGGAAGACGCUUUAAAGGUGGCCCAGGCCUAUAUGUUGCCUGAUGAUGAAAUCUACAGUCUGAGGAUGAUUGACCUGAUGGACAGAGAGCAGGGUGAAGACUGUAUAUCUCUAUUGAGGUCUCUGCCUCCUGCCCAGGCUGAGAAAACUGCAGAAAGAGUCAUCAUCUGGGCACGACUGGCAUUACAAGAAGAACCAGAUAAUUCUGAAGAGGACAAGGCCUGGAGGAUGUCUGUAGCAAAGACAGCGGUGGACAUUCUUAAAAUGCUGUGUGACAGCCAAAAAGACAAUCUGCAGAAGAAGGAUGAAUGUGAAGACAACUUAAAACUGCUUAAAACGAUUGCUAGCCUACAGGAGAACUUUGAGGUCUUCCUGGCAUUUGGAGACUACAGCAGCAGCUCCCUGGUGGCCGAGCUCCGAGAACGGCACAUAAAAGCUCACCAGGUGGUGCGGGCUGAACACAAACCCAGCAGCACCUCCGAGCCCGGGGCCAUGGCAGGGAGUGGCCCGAGCGCCUGGGCAAAGCUGCACAGACAGGCGCUGGCCCUGCAGGUGUCCACACCCGAGCUGGAGGCCGAGCUGGCCUGGAAGGCCUUGAAGGAUGGGAAUGUCAAAACGGUGCUGGAAAAAUGCAGGGGCCUGUUUCAGUAUCACCGCGUCGCCAACACCGGGAGGUGGCUGUUCCUGACGUGUCAGAAACUGUGUCACAUGUUGGCCAACGACAUCCCGAUGGUGACCCCAGUGGGACUGAAUCUCCCUUCCGAGAUCCAUGACCUGGCAUGCCAGGCCGCCACCAUCUGCAGUCCAGAUAUGUUACUUGAUGCUCUAGAACUGUGUAAAUACACCUUGACGGCUGUCCAGCUUUCCCAGCAGUGCCAGAUGGAUGACUGUGGCAUUCUGAUGAAAACUGCGUUGGGAACUCAGAAAGACCCCUAUGAGGAGUGGUCCUACAAUGACUUCUUCAGCGAGGAUGGGAUCGUUCUCGAGUCCCACGUGGUGCUGCCUGUCAUUUAUGAAUUGAUUUCAUCACUCACGCCUGCAGCUGAAGGCAAGCGACAUCCCCUGAAUUCCACAAGUUUGCCAUACUGCUCCAUCAGUGAAGGAGACAACCUUAUCUUACCUAUUAUAAGUUCCAUCUCCGCCCUGCUUCAGAACCUUCAGGAAUCCAGCCAGUGGGAGCUGGCCCUGGGAUUUUUAGUGUGCUCUUUUGGUAUCUGUCUGCAGCACUCGGUGUCAAACUUCAUGAAUGCCAGUUUGAGUGAAAAGUUGUUUGGAGAGGCCACCUUGAUCACUUCAAGGCAUGUUGUGAUGGACUUGAAAGAAAAGGCCGUCACAUUUAUCAGGGGAAACGCUACGAGACUGCUGCACAAGGUAUUUAACUGCCGCCUGGUGGACCUUGACUUGGCAUUGGGUUACUGCACUCUCCUACCCCAAAAAGAAGUGUUCGAAAAUCUCUGGAAGCUCAUCGAUAAAGCUUGGCAGAAUUACGACAAAAUUUUGGCAAUAUCUCUGGUGGGCGCUCAGCUGGCCAGUCUCUGUCAGGACAUAGAAAUGGAGCUGAAGUUCCGUGAGCUCAGUACCGAUGCUCUGUGGGGUAUCCGUCUCGGUAAACUUGGUAUUUCUUUUCAACCAGUUUUCAGACAACAUUUUCUCACCAAGAAAAACCUCAUUAAAGCUCUUGUGGAGAAUGUAGAUAUGGACACAAGCCUCAUUCUAGAAUAUUGCAACACCUUUCAGCAGGACUGUGACGCGGCUCUCCAGCUGUUCAUCGAGACGCUGCUUCGCAACUCAAAUGCCAGCCAGGGCCAGGGAGACGCCAGCAGGGAAGCCACAGAGCAGCAGCACCCCAAACUCCUGGCCAAAGCGGUGGAGAUGGUGCCUUUGCUGACGAGCACGAAAGAUCUGGUCAUCAGCCUGAGUGGGAUCCUGUGUAAGUUGAAUCCCUAUGAUUAUGAAAUGAUUGAAGUUGUCCUGAAAGUUAUAGAAAGAGCCGAUGAAAAGAUAACCAACAUUAAUAUUAAUCAGGCAUUGAGUCUUCUGAAGCAUUUGAAGUCGUACAGAAGAAUCUCCCCGCCAGUGGACCUAGAAUACCAGUAUAUGUUGGAACACAUGAUAACACUGCCUGCAGCUGCCCAAACUAGACUGCCUUUUCACCUGAUAUUCUUUGGCACAGCACAGAACUUCUGGAAAAUUCUCUCCACAGAACUCAGCGAAGAAUCCUUCCCCACCUUGCUCUUAAUUUCUAAAUUAAUGAAGUUCUCUUUGGAUACUUUGUACGUGUCCAUAGCCAAACACGUGUUUGAAAAAAAGCUGAAGCCCAAACUCCUGAAGUUAACACAAGCUAAACCCUCACUCCUGAUGAACAAGGAAUUAACCAAGAUCACACAAACCAUUGAGUCCUACUUACUGUCUAUCGUUAACCCGGAGUGGGCUGUUGCUAUUGCCAUCAGCCUGGCCCAAGAAAUCCCAGAAGGUUCCUUCAAGAUGUCCAGUCUGAAAUUCUGCCUGUACUUGGCCAAGCGGUGGCUACAGAAUGUCCCACCUCAGGGUGAGAAGCACGAGAAGGCGGAGGCUUUGCUGAAGAAGCUUCACAUCCAGUACCGGCGGUCGGGCACCGAGGCUGUGCUCAUCGCCCACAAGCUGAACACCACCGAGUACCUACAAGCCAUCGGGAAGCCAGCGCACCUCAUUGUCAGCCUGUACGAGCACCGCAGCAUCAGCCAGAGGAUCCAGAAUUCAUCUGGCAGAGACUAUCCUGAUAUUCAUGCAGCAGCUAAGGAAAUAGCUGACGUGAACGACAUUAACUUGGAGAAAAUCUGGGACAUGUUGCUGGAGAGGUGGCUGUGCCCGUCCCUGAACCCUGAAAAAUUGUCAGAACUAUUUGAACUUCAAGAAGAUGAAGCACUACAGAGAGUCCUGUAUCUCCUCCAGUCUUGGCCGAUGGAUCACAGUUCAAGGAUUCUCUUUCUUCUGGCCACAUCAGCUACGACUACGCUGGGUACGUGCCAGUUGACCUUUGCCCACAGGACGCGAGCUCUUCAGUGCCUCCUCUCUUUGGCUGACAAGGAAACAGUAGAAUCCCUCUUCAAAAAGCCCCUUGAGAAAGUGAAAUCGUACAUGAAAUGUAUAACUUUCCUGGCAUCCUUUGAGGCUUUGAACAUCCCCAUCACAUAUGAAUUAUUUUGCAACAGUCCUAAGGAAGGAAUGAUUAAGGGUCUGUGGAAGAACCACAGCCACGAACCCAUGGCGGUAAGGUUGGUGACGGAACUUUGUCUGGAAUACAAGAUCUUUGACCUGCAGCUUUGGAACGGACUCUUGCAAAAACUUCUUGGCUUUAAUAUGAUUCCUUACCUAAGGAAAGUUUUAACAACCAUUUCCAGUGUCCAUUCUCUGUGGCAGGUUCCCUACUUCAGCAAGGCCUGGCAGCGCGUGGUGCAGAUACCACUUCUCUCAGCCUCAUGUCCCUUAAGCCCCAGUCAAUUGUCAGAGUGUUGCGAGAGUCUCAUCGCUGUGCUGGAGUGUCCGGUCUCCGGCGACCUCGACAUGGUUGGCGUUGCCAGGCUGUAUGCCCAGCUGGGGCUGCCAGCCUUCGCGGUCGCCUGCCUGAUGCUCAUGCCCCACUCGGAGAGGAGACACCAGCAAAUUAAGAACUUUCUGGGCUCAUGCGAUCCUCAGAUCAUUUUACAACAGUUAGAAGAGCACAUGAAUACUGGCCAGUUAGCAGGAUUUUCACAUCAAAUUAGAAGUCUGGUUCUGAAUGAUAUCAUAAAUAAAAAGGAGUUUGGAAUUUUGGCCAAGACAAAAUAUUUUUCGGUGUUGAAAUCACACAUGGUGAAUUCCAGCAGCGUCGCUGACCUAGUGAACUAUUUGGCAAAUGACUUAAGUUUGGAGGAAGCAUCUGCCUUUAUCACCGAGUACUCAAAGCAUCACGGGAAGCUGAUACCACCUGACUCUGUUCCCUGUGAGGUUCUGAAGAUGUUUCUUAAUGGGUCAUUGUAAAUCAUCAAACCUUUAUUCAAGAAGAACAAGAAGUUUGCAGUCUGCUAUUAACUGACCAUGUUUAUUAAGCUUUUUAAAUUGUGUGAGCUACAAGUUACAGCUGUCAGCCAACCAAUAAUGAAGAUUCUUUAUAGCAGCACAAUGAUGCCAUAAAGAACUCAUUUCUGAAUUAGUAAAUCUUUGCCUGUUACUUGUAUCAUGUAGCGAGGCUGUCGAUUUUCUACCGCAAAUAUGAAGGAAGCAACAUGCAAAAAUAUUUUGUGCCACUCCCACAAGAAAAACAACCUAUUUCGUUCACAUAUGCAAGUAAGAACAUCAGCCUUUUAAAUGUAUUCCAAGGACUGUGUAUAUAAUUUUUGCUGCAGGAUGUACCACUCAGUGGCCAGCCAAAAAAAGAGAAACCACUCUAGGUAUUUCAGGCCAGAAAGAUUUAAUGGUAGGCAUUGGUUACAAAGGUGUUAAAAGGCCUGAAGUCAUUAGAGAGAUGGGGGGGGGGUGCAGUGGGGGCACCAAAAGCCCAAGGGGACAGGGCUUGUUAGCUGCUGAUCAGGAAGCUGCUAGUCCUAACCCUCAGUUGGAGCCCUGAACCCUUGUUGGCCAGAGCUGUUGGAGCUGCCCUGCCACCAGAAAUGCUGAGCACCCCCACCAACACUGCUGAAAACUUAGUUCGCUGCCACCCCAUUGCCCUCUUCACCUCAGCUCCCUCGGCCUCUGCCAGGCCACCGCCUUUGUCCCACCUCCUCAGUCUUAUGCCACUGACGAGAAAUGACAGCUCCCUCUUACCAACAUUUACCAUCUUCCAUUAUGCUUGUGACUAACAAGAAUAAACUGAAUCUGUUAAAGCUCGAUUUCAUUUUCCUUUAUUUGCCAGUUGAGAAAAAGUGUUUCUAUACAGAAAAUGCAGGGUAGCUUUGUGAUUAAAAACAUGGGUUUUACACUCUGUGACACAAACUUCAGAAACACCUUUGAGGAGUCUUCUCCAGAAGCAAGGAAAACCAAGGAGAUAAACAGCUGGGGCCACAUCAGGCUAAAGGCUUCUGCACAGCAAGAAAGAAUAACCAGGAUGAAGAGAGGUCCUGCUGAAUGGGAGAAAAUAUUUGUGCACCACGUGAUGGAUAAGGGACUGAUAUCAAAGAUCUAUAAGAGCUCACACAACUCAACAAAAACCAAGCAAACAGCCCAAUCAAGAAAUGGGCAAAAGAACUAAAGACGCGCCGGUUUGAUCCCCGGCUGCUCCCCGGCCACCAGAGGAGGGUCCCACAUGG